CUAUUCUUCAGCCCCAUUUAUUUCCUUUUAAUAUUACUUCCUUUUCUAUGUUGAAGUUUGAGAUAUGGGAUUUUGAAUUUGGUAAGAAAUGGUAGAUCUGAUGUCUUAGAAGCUUACUGAUGGGAAAAUUUGGUAGGUUCUUGAGCUUGUUGUCGUAACUAUUGACUAUGUUCUAUGACUCUUUUUGGGAUUUCCCAUUUUUUCCGUGGAGAUGAUUGUGAUAGUAGAACUUAUAAUCUGGUUUUGGCUGUUCUUCGGAGACUCAGAGGAACAGCAUCUCUGUGUUGUUUUUUACUGAAAUGGCGUGAUCUUGACCCACUGUUUGAAAAACUAGUUGCUAUGAUCUGAGAUUGGUGAUUUUGAAAUGCGUGGAAUGUUUGAUAUGCAAAUGUUCAUUUGGUAACAUCUUUUCUUUGUUUCUUUCAUGAUUAGUUUAUUUCAAGUUCAAUUCAAUAUUUACUGUGGGAUCUGCAUUAAGAAUUUGCAUUUGCAUAAGAGCCAGUAAUUCUCAGGUCAAAUAAGAAAUUCUUAAGGGGAGACCUAACAGUGAAAUAUUAUUGAAGCAGACAACGCUUGGUCAACGCUUGCUUACUGAUUAUAUUAGUGACAUUUGGCUAACGCAGAAUUGUUUCUAGCUUGUGUAGUAUAUAAGCGCUUUAUUAGCGGAAAUGGUUUCUGGACGCUGGUUUAAGGCAGUAAUUCGCUUAAAGAAAGUGAAAACCAGCAGUUCAAAACAAACUAAGAGAAAAAAACUAGUUGGGAUUCAUGAUUGCGUUCUAAACUCUUGCAGUUUUGGGAAUACUUUGAUUUGGAGAAAUUGAAUGAUUUGCAAAAAGAUUCCCCAAGGUUUAAAAAUGGUGGUACUAAUGGGAACGGUAAGUCUCUUGGGAUGCCAAUUGAAGAUGUAGCUGCAGUUCGGAUUCAGACAGCAUACCGAGCAUAUUGUGCCAGGAAAAAUUUACGUCGCUUGAAAGGGGCCUUCAGACUGCAGAAUCUGACUCAAGGCAAUUCCGUUAGAAAGCAUGCUACAUCUACAUUAGGCUAUCUUCAUUCCUGGAGCAAUAUACAGGCUCAAAUUAAGGCUCGUCGACUUUGUAUGGUGACAGAGGGACGACAGAGACAAAAAAGAUUAGAAAAUCAACGAAAACUUGAGGCUAAGCUUCAUGAUAUAGAGGUGGCGUGGUGUGGGGGUGCAGACUCCAUGGACGGGAUUCUUUCUAGGAUACAUGAGAGAGAAGAAGCAGCUGUUAAACGCGAGCGUGCUAUGGCAUAUGCAUUCUCACAUCAGUGGAGAGCAAACUCCAAUGAGAUGUAUGGGUUGGGUAAGGACGAACUUGGUAAAGCUGAUUGGGGUUGGAGCUGGAAAGAACGAUGGAUAGCUGCUCGUCCGUGGGAAAGCCGUGUACCAUCUCAGUUCGUUAGUCCAAAGAAAUCUACAAUUAGGCAAUCGAGCAAAGUCAGUCAGAGAAAUUCACCAUCCCCUAAAGCACGAGUUUCGAUCAAACCACCUUCCCCAAAUGGGAAAUCAACUUCAAAGGCUCGGAGGUUGUCUUAUCCAGCAACCGAGAAACUGACUAUGGAAGAAAAAGGCGUCAAAGAAAGCAUUAAAAAUGACAAAGGGAACACUACGAAAGAAGAAACAACGUCCUAAUCGAUGCCAUUUAUAGAAUGCAAAACGUGUUCAUAUUUUUAUCAAAGAAAGCCAGAGAAAAAAAAUAAAAGAUGUAGAAGCCAUUUAUUUUCUGUAUGUCAUUUCUGAUGAUGUUCAUUCAUUGAGUGGUGUGAGGUAAUGUAUUAUUGGCAUGCAGUCUGACCCCAUGUCAUUAUUUCUUACAUUUCAUUUCCUUUUCCUUGUUAUGUAUAUUUGAAAGAAAAAGAAAGACAGUAUUACUUAAGUUAUAAUGUAUAUGAUACGAACAGUGUUAAUGAUUU